AUGGACGGUGUUGAUGAAAUUGGAUCAGAUAUAUGCCGUGUUUGCCGCUCAGAAGGAGGUCAAGAAAGGCCAUUAUAUCAUCCAUGCGUCUGUACAGGGAGCAUUAAGUUUGUCCACCAAGAUUGUCUACUACAAUGGCUCAAGUACAGUCGCAAGGAAUAUUGCGAGCUUUGCAAACACAGAUUUGCUUUCCAGCCAAUUUACUCCCCGGACAUGCCGAAGCGCCUGCCUAUAAAAGACAUAAUGAGUGGCCUGUUAAAGAACAUUGGGCGUGCAGUCAGAUAUUGGCUUCACUAUACACUUGUGGCCUUUGCAUGGCUAGGGGUAGUACCUUUGACAGCUUGUCGCAUUUAUAGAUGUCUCUUCACUGGAUCUGUUAGUUCAUUGCUAACUCUUCCGUUAGACAUGCUGUCAACGAACAAUCUUCUUUCCGAUUGUUUCCAAGGUUGUUUUGUGGUGACCUGUACACUAUGUGCCUUUAUCAGCCUGGUUUGGUUGCGAGAACAGAUUCUACAUGGAGGAGGUCCUGAUUGGCUGGAACAUGAUCCACCAGCCAAUCAAAAUCAAGUUAAUGUACAAAAUGGUGCUAAUGGGGGAGGUGGAGCUAAUAUAGGUGGCGCCAAUGUGGGUGGAGCUAUGCCAGCAGCCAAUCAGAAUGCAGCUGAUGUUGGGGAAGGCGAAGAAGCCGAACAAGACAAUGGAAAUGGAAAUGAUGCAGUACAAGGUGAUAAUUGGAAUCCUAUAGAGUGGGACAGAGCAGCUGAAGAACUCACCUGGGAAAGGCUUUUGGGACUAGAUGGGUCUCUAGUAUUUUUGGAGCAUGUUUUCUGGGUUGUUUCCCUCAACACAUUAUUUAUACUAGUCUUUGCAUUUUGUCCAUAUCAUAUUGGACACUUCACAAUAGUGGGUCUCAAAGUUGAGGAGAUGAUUGAAUACACACAAUUCGAUGGCCUCGUGACAACCAUGGUCGGGUACAUUGUCAUUGCUGUGUCACUGGUUGUGUUACAUGCCAUAAUGGCCAUAGUCAAUUUCGGAAGAUUCAAACGAGUACUUGGAUUGUGUUAUGUUGUUGUCAAGGUAUCACUCCUGGUUGUCGUGGAGAUUGGUGUGUUUCCACUUGUGUGUGGAUGGUGGCUAGACAUAUGUUCACUAUCCAUGUUUGAUGCUUCAUUGAAAGAUCGGGAAAAUGGCUUCAUGAUGGCACCAGGAACAUCAAUGUUUAUUCAUUGGUUGGUUGGGAUGGUUUACGUUUUCUACUUUGCAUCAUUUAUCCUCUUGCUGAGAGAAAUUCUGCGCCCAGGUGUGCUCUGGUUCCUUAGGAAUCUCAAUGACCCAGAUUUCAAUCCAAUACAAGAGAUGAUUCACUUGCCAAUAUACAGACAUGCAAGAAGGUUCCUUGCCUCAAUGGUUAUAUUUGGCAGCACCGUUCUCCUUAUGCUUUGGCUCCCUGUUAGGGCCAUCAAAUGGCUAUUCCCAGCAUUUCUGCCAUACAACGUCAUGCUUAGCAGUGACGCGCCUGUUAGUGAACUGUCUCUAGAGUUAUUACUAUUGCAAGUUGUCCUCCCUGCCUUACUAGAACAAGGACAUACUAGAAUGUGGCUCAAAGGGGUUGUUAGAGGGUGGACUGUAGGAGUCGCCUGGAUUUUAAAUCUACGAUCUUUUCUUAUCGGAGAUGUUCCAAUAGUUCAAGAUGAAGCAGUAUAUGGAGAUGAGGACCAACCAGCUGCACAAGGUGCUAAUGAGCAACAUGCCCCUGCACCAGCACAACAACAGCCUGCACCAGCAGAUGAACAACCUGCACAUGCACAAGAGCCUGCACCUGCGCCAGAUAUUCAUGCAGCACAGAAUCAGCCAGGUGAGGCUGAAGAGGUUGGUGAGGUGCCAAUGGAGGUGAAUGGUGAGGAUGGAGGAAAUGAUGGUGAGGUAAAUGAGGCGAAUGAGCAACAGGAAGACAACCCUCAAGAACCAGCAGCCCAAGUUCCCCAACAACUACAACAGCUGCAGGUGCAAGCGGUCGGUCUAGGUGCCGCCCAUCAGGCUCUUUUACAGGGUGGGGGACCCACAGGCUUCCAACCUUAUAAUAAACCUAAAUUCUUCCUACUAAGGAUGUCUCUACUAUUCCUAAUCCUGUGCCUGUCCCUGUAUAUAGCUAGCACAGUAGCUCUUAUUUUACCAGUUUAUUUUGGAAGAAAAGUAAUGUCCAUCUGGAUGGGAAGCAUCAAAAUCCAUGAGCUUUACACAGCGGCAUGUGGACUUUACGUUUGUUGGUUAACAUUGAGGGCCGGUAAUGUCCUUUAUAACUGGCUCCCACAGGGGUACAGUGCAAUAUUCCACAAAGUUAAAGAGUAUGUUAUAUUGGCUUUAAAAGGAGUACUCCUGGCCAGCAUAGUGAUAGGACUCGUGCCUUUACUGUUAGGCUGGUUGUUUGAACUUGUGGUUGUAACACCAUUGAGAGUCCCUCUAGACCAGUCACCUGUAUACUUUCCUUGGCAGGAUUGGGCUCUUGGUGUAUUACAUGCUAAGAUCAUAUGUGCUAUAACAAUGAUGGGUCCUCAGUGGUGGUUGAAACGCGCCAUAGAACAGGUUUAUAAUGAUGGAUUAAGAAACAUGAAUAUUCGGUUUAUUCUCAUUGAAUUAUGUUGGCCUGUAGUUGGAGUUCUCGGGUUUACUUUGGCAGGACCAUACGUCAUUUCUAAAAGUAUUGUUCCGCUUUUUGGACUAGGAUUUGAAUUGGAGUACCUAAUUGAGCGUCGUAUUUACCCUGUGUUACUUGGAGGCACCGUAGUUCUCACAGUAUGUCUUGUGCAGGCACGACAGUUCAAACGUCUUUAUGAGCACAUCAAAAAUGAUAAGUAUUUAGUUGGGCAACGACUUGUCAAUUAUAUCCCAAGAAAAUUCAGCCCAGCAAGAUAAACAAUAAUCAGCAAUCACCAUUGGUUAACAUGCAGUUCAUCCUGGUUGAUAUGGCAACCUCUCAUCAUUGGCAUGGCAACCACCCGUGGAUGUUUAUAUGGCACCUCAACUCAAGAUUAAGUUGUUUUGAUGAAUCAAAUAGAAUACAUUAGACUCAAGUGACUUGUACUUGAAAUGUCUAUGCUUGAAAUUAUGAAUUUCCAUUGGGACAGAAAAUAAAAGUAAAUCCUCAAACCAAAUAUUGGACCAAGUAAUCAGCAUUCAGUACCAAUUGGAAAUGUAGAGACAAUAAGAUGGAUAUAUUAAAAAGUAAUGUUAAUCCAGUUGGAAAUUGAGCCCAAUAUAUUUGCAAAGCAAGUGACUAAAUCUUGACUCUAGGAUAUGUGAAUGAUGUUUUUGCUUUUUAUUAUGUGUUUUAAAGCCAUGAUUACGGCCAAUCAAAAAACAUGUAGAGUCAAGGUCACUAUAAUCAAAAAAAAUAUGACAAAUGUUUAUUUUUGUCUUUUGAAUAAAGGCUGUUUGCAACCGGUUAUAUCACCACUCUUCAUUCCUGAUAUAAUUACAUUAUAGUAAUCCAUACAAGCCUCAAAGACAUAAGUCCAUAAGGUUAGAAAAUCCUAAAUGUGUUCUUGCAUGUAUAAUGAGGACAUAUUUUUCUUGCAUUGAAGAAGCCAAUAGUCCUAUUUACCAUUCUGAAUAGUUAUAUGGAAGAAAUACAUAUAAUGUUGAAGUUCCAUCAUUUUAAUUGCCCCGUUAUGAAGCCAUGUAUAAAUAUUGUUACAGAACAUUAUAAAUACAGUGAUAUAUUUAUAAAAGGAA